CUUACAUCACGUACGUGUAAGCAAUCGAGUAACUGCGGGAGUUGCAAUUUGUUUUGGUAAAAGUGUAGUGUUUCAACUUGAGAUCAGCAAUGAAGAAUUUCAUAGUAUUUUCGCUCUCUGUUUUUCUUAUAUUAAACACUGGACAGUCCUCGUCUGAGUUCUAUUUUCCCAAAGAGAGCCUUGGCGACGUGGACUCAUGGAACGAUGGCGGCGUGGAUAAGAAGUCGGAAUCAAGUUCAUCCAGUUCGUUUAGCUCGUCAAGCUCAUCCAGUUCGUUCACCUCGUCAGGCUCAUCGAGUUCGUCGGAUUCAUUUCAUGAGAAGGUUGAAGUGUACGAAAAAAACACUGACGAAAAGGGAACGCAUGAAGUAACGAAGAUUCGCGAACGAAAGAAGCCAACAGGAGGGAAUGAAACCUCCAGUAGUAAAGUUAUCGAAGUGUUUCGAUAUCCUAAUGGAACGAUUCGUCGAAAGGUGAAAAACAAUGGGCCUGCAAUGAAGGCUGAAUGUACCAAGAACGAUGACUGCAGUGCUGAUAAGUUCUGUAGCAAACUCAGUUAUCAGUGUCAGCAAUGCCUUGAUGGGUUUGGUUGUUUUAAUGAUGACCAGUGCUGUGGCAAAAAAGUUUGCAAAUUUGGCCAGUGUGCAGAUGAACCAGAGCAUACAGGGCUGGCCAACUCUCCAUGCGAUUAUGACAGCCAGUGCAAGUCAGGCCUUUUCUGCUCAGUGCGUGUGUUUGAAGGUGGAAAGUGCAAAGAUGUUAGAACAGAGGGACAGUCAUGCAGCAGAGGGAUUUUUUCAAGAAAUCCACCCAGAUGUGCUGAGGGUUUGGAGUGCAGAAGGACUGGUGGCUUCCCCUUUUCCUCCUACAAGUGCCUAAAAGAAGGAAGUGUGGAAGAUAAAUCAACCAAAUCAUCUUUUGAUUGGUUUCACGAUAAUGACUUCUUUCCCUUUAAAAAGUAGAGCUGGUCGUGUUCUUUUCCCUCAUAUUGAAAAUUUAACUGAAGACACCAAAUAAUCCUCAGAAAUUGAGAAAUAUGGGAAAAGAGUGAAA